AUGCAAGGAGCUGCAGUGACGCCUGUUCGCCGACUUCUUGGAAAAGCCAGCUAUGCUGAUGGUUUCAAUGCUAUGCGAACCAAAGGCGUUAAAGGAACCGCUCUUCCAUCGACCAGGGAAAUUUCGAAUAAGCUUCAUCAAGAGGGAGCCAACCCUGCGUUUGACUACUCCAAAAAUCAUUUCUUCAUGCAAUUUGGUCAAUGGGUCGCUCACGAUAUCAUUUUCAUGCCCUCGUCUGUCGGUCCACUCGGCAAAGCUCUGGACUGCUCGUCGUGUAAUUCACCAUCAUUGAGCGAGAAUUGCGCUCCGAUCCCAGUGCCCGCUGAUGAUCCCUAUUUCAAGCCUAUUGCUGGUGAAAGAAGUGGCACUAAUCGGAAGAUAAAUGAUGAACAUGGCCUCCAAAAAUCAAAAUAA